AUGAGGUUGAAUAUGCUGAAUAUAGAGUUAGGAAGCAGUUAUGGUCACCUGAGGUCAGGUCCAAGGAGAGGGGGUCAGGAGGGGCAACAUAAGCAGGAUGUAGAACUAAGAGUGGGGACUUGGAAUAUAGGUACCCUAGAAGCCAAGUCGUUGGAGUUGGCCAAUGAACUUUCUAAAUACAGGAUUCAUGUAGCAUGUGUUCAAGAGACUAGGUCGAAGGGGCAAAAAGCAAAAGAUAGUAGUGGGGGAAGAGAUCAUAUCCAUUGUCAGUGCGUACGGGCCCAAGUUGGGCUCGAUGAGCAGGUGAAGUGCGAGUUUUGGGAUAACCUAGGAGACCUCAUGAGAACUAUCCCGGAAGAUGAGAAAGUUUUCUUAGGAAGAGACUUUAACGGAUAUAUAGGCAGAGAUGCAGGCAACUAUAACUCGGUACAUAGAGGGUUUGCCUUGGGGACAAGGAAUGAGAAUAGGGAGAAUUUGCUGGAGUUUGCGCUAGCUAAAGAAUUGGUUAUAGCAAACUCAAUCUUUAGAAAGAAAGAUGAGCAUUUGAUCACAUAUAAGAGCGACAGCCAUGCAAUCCAAGUUGACUAUUUCUUAGUGCGCAAGGGAGAUCAAGCCUCAUGCUUGGAUUGUAAGGUGGUGUUGAGUACAGAGAUGCCCACCCAACACAAGCUUUUAGUACUGGUUUUUAGGAUGAGGAAGAAAAUCGUAGAGAAGAAGGUCGAGUCCAGGGGAAAGAUAUUGUGGGGGGAGACUCAAAGGGGAUAUGGUCACAACCCUGUCAAGAAAGAUAAGUUUAUUGGGUUUUCUAAGUCAGUCAUAGGAUGCGAAUGA